UCCUGCCCCCACAAAGAGACCAUCUGCUCACUCAGCUGCAGGCAUCUGUCCCAGCUGCUCUACCCCUUCCUCACCCUUUCUCAGCCUCCUCCCCACCCAAUCCUCCCUGCACCUUCUCAUCUCCCCGCAAAGCCCCGCUCCCCUGCUCCACCAUCUCCCUCGCUGUCGCCGCCCACAGCUGAACCAUGGCUUCAGAGGCAGAGAAAACUUUCCAGCGCUUUGCAGCCUACGGAGACUCUUCCAGCCAAGGCACUGAACUCAACAACAAAAAUUUUUCAAAGCUUUGCAAGGACUGUGGCAUCCUAGAUGGGAAAUCUGUCACCUCUACCGACGUGGACAUUGUGUUCAGCAAAGUCAAGCAGAAGGGUGCCCGCACCAUCACGUGGCAGCAGUUCCAAGAGGCGGUGAAGGAGUUGGGCGCCAAACGCUUCAAGGGUCAGAGUGCAGACGAGGCGCUGCAGGCCAUCUUCCGCCUCAUGGAGGGCAAGGGGCCGACGGCCACCGGCGUCACCAAAGCGAUGACCUCGGUAGGCGGUGUGGAUCGGCUGACGGACACCAGCCAUUACACGGGCUCACACAAAGAGCGCUUUGAUGAGAGCGGCAAAGGCAAGGGGAUCGCGGGGCGCGAAGACGUGCAGGACCACUCUGGCUACGUGGGCGCCUACAAGGGUGCAGGCACCUAUGACAAGAAGACCGGGGCAUAGGGGGCUGGGAGGUGGGGAACUCUCCCCUGACCCUGGGGUUACCAGUGGAGACAAUAAACUCUGUGCAACAGCA